AUAUAAAUCAUAAAAUCCCCCAAUUCUCUCACUCUCAGUCUCAGAAUCUCUGUUCAUAGUUUUAGUGAUUCAAUCGAAAAGCGAAAAGAAACAACAAUGGCGGGUCUGGUACCUCCGGGUACUACCAUGCAUAAGGAGGAUCCAAAGCCCACAAAGGAAGAGAAAGUUGAUUACUUUAACCUUCCCUGUCCCAUACCCUAUGAAGAAAUCCACCGCGAAGCUUUCAUGUCCUUGAAACCAGACCUUUUUGAAGGGUUGCGUUUUGAUUUAACCAGAGGACUUAAUCCAAAGUUCGCUCUUAGUCACAGUGUGUACAUGGGACCUACAACGAUUCCUUCCCAGUCUGCUGAAACCAUUAAAAUCCCUACUGCUCAGUAUGAGUUUGGUGCUAACUUUAUGGACCCAAAGUUGAUGCUUGUUGGGAGGGUAUUGACAGAUGGGAGACUAACUGCUAGAUUGAAGUGCGAUUUGAUUGAAAAUCUUAGUCUAAAGGCUAAUGCACAGCUUACAAAUGAGCCACACAUGUCUCAUGGCAUUGCGUACUUUGACUACAAGGGCAAAGACUACAGGGCGCAGUUUCAACUUGGUAAUGGUGCCUUAUUUGGAGCCAAUUACAUUCAGAGUGUGACCCCGAAUUUGUCUUUGGGUGGUGAAGUAUUUUGGGCUGGUCAGCAUCGAAAGUCGGGUAUUGGCUAUGCUGCUCGUUACAACACUGACAAGAUGGUUGCCACUGGGCAAGUUGCCAGCACUGGAAUGGUUGCACUCAGUUAUGUUCAGAAAGUUUCUGAGAAGGUUUCUCUAGCAUCAGACUUUAUGUACAACUACAUGUCAAGAGACGUCACUGCAAGUGUUGGCUAUGAUUACAUUCUUAGACAGUGUCGUCUUAGAGGGAAGAUUGAUUCCAAUGGCUGCACGUCUGCUUUUCUAGAAGAGAGAUUACAAAUGGGUCUCAAUUUUAUUCUCUCGGCAGAGAUAGACCACAAAAAGAAAGACUACAAAUUUGGGUUUGGGUUGACAGUUGGAGAAUAGAUUUGAUGGCUCCAAUGCUGUAUUCUUACAUUUGAUAUAAGCUAAUGCGAGCUGGUAUCCUGGCAAAUUUUCUCAUUUAAUUCUGCCUUUCAUAUAUAGGUGAAAAGAAAUUGCUUGUACCAUCUCUUAGUGACAUUUUUUUGUGAGGCAGCUGCUGCAAUAUUUAUUAUGGCAGAUGUAUCUCUUGAUUUGGCAGCUUAAGCUUCUAUGGCUUUCACUUCAAA